AUGCUCUUCACACAGCACGCAGGCAUUGGCGCAGCCGCCACGAUCCCGGUGCCGGAUGCAGAGCCGAUUGUGGUCUACAGCCCUCUCGUUCUCAAGACAACUAACCGCCGUGUCGACCUGCAACUCCGUGUCACUGCGCCGGCUUCUGUGGAGAAGAACAGCAAUGGCAAAGAGCUCCCCAUCCUCCUUCUGUCUCACGGCCACGGCCGCAGCGAUUGGCUGUCGUCGCAGCAAGGCUACGCGCCGCUUGUCGAGUUUUAUGCCGGCCACGGCUUCGUGGUGCUUCAGCCGACACACCUCAGCUCCAGGGCGCUCGGCCUGGAGUUGAACGGCGACUCCAUCCGCGAGCUGUUUCUCGAGUCGCGCGUCCAGGACAUGUCGACCCUGCUGGACCGUCUCGACGAGAUUGAGGACGGCGUGCCCUUUCUGCGGCGCGGCCAGCUCGACCGUGCGCGCGUCGCCGUGGCCGGCCACUCGCUCGGCGGCAUCACGGCCAGCGUGCUCCUGGGCGCCGUCAACACGGACCCGCGCGACGGGCACGUGACAAACGCUGUGGACACGCGCAUCAAGGCCGGCGCCAUCAUUGGCGGCCCCGGCAGUGCGGGCACGAACCAGUCGGACCUGUCGGACAACGGCAAGGUCCUGCUGCCCCUGUACGACCCAGACUUUUCUACGAUGGCGACGCCCGCCCUCGUGGCGUGGGGCGACGAAGACGGCGGUCCGCACUUGACGGUGCGCGGCGCCGACUGGCACAACGAUCCGUACACGCUGGCGCCAGCGCCCAAGGUGUCGCUCACGAUCAAGGGCGGCAAGCACGGGUUCGGCGGCAUCAGCGGGUGGGACGCGGGAGAGACGCAGGACGGCAGUCCCGAGCGGCUGGGCACCGUGCAGCGUCUGACGUGGGCCUAUCUGUGGAGCCAGCUGUACCCGGAGGACAGGGCCUGGGCAGAGGCGAGCGCGGCGCUGCAGGGGCUGGCGGAUCUGGCCAGAGUUGAGAGUAAGCAUCGUACCAUCCAAAGAAAUCUCCCCGUUGACCUCCGUCACCUGGGCGGGCGUGGUGGCCUUGCCAUUGGCUACCUCCGCCGUCGUAUCGGCAGCGUCGGCCAUCUCCGUCAGCAGUUCAACCGUCUUAUGGUCCACAACCGUGGCUCUGCGGUAGUCGAUGAUGACUUCAGGGUCGUUCGCGUGUCGGUGUUGGGCCGUCGUGGCAUUCCAGUGCUGCCAGACGCUGGUCCAUUUUGCUCGACGAGGGCGGCCACGGUGUCGAGCGGGUCGUGGAACUUCACGCCAAAGUCCCGCGUCGCCCGUGUCGUGUCCGCUGUGCUCGGGUUCGAGAACGGUCCCGAGCCCCUGCUCGCUGGGCACCGAAAUGGCGGCCACGUGGGUGGCCGACACAUCCCGCACGUCCACCAGCGCACUCGGCACGGGCGGCUCCGGCGACUGCAGCGCCCCCAGGUAGAGGUUGUUCACGCCGUGCGGCUUGUCUGUGGGCAGUUGCGAGCGGUCGUGGCCAAUGACAAAGAACGGGUGGAUCGUGACAAUCUCGGGAAUCUUCUCGCCCUUCUUGGCAGCGGCGUCCACGUAGUCCAGCGUCGCGCGGUGCGCCAGGAUCUUGGAGAUUUGGUACUUUGUGAAUUCGGCGCUACCGUCGUCUGGAUAGGUCGCAUCCACAUCGACCUGCAGCGACCGGUUGACGCCCUCCUUCGCCUCGUAGCCGGGGCGCGAAACCCAGUCGAGCGGCAACAGGGCGACCGCCGACGAGGUAAUAAUGACGCGCUUCACUGUCUGCGCCUCUGUGGCGGCUUCAAGAAGGGCGACCGUGCUGUUGACGGCCGGGUUGAUGUAGCCCUCGUGCAAGUCCAGACCGGGCUGGGCCAGAGGGGACGCCACGUGCACAAUGUAGUCGACACCGCCCGACAGCGCUUUCGCCAGGGCUGCCUUCUUGCUGAGGUCGGGCACCACAAGGACCUCGAGACGGUCGCCGGCGUCGGCGUGGCGCGCCUUGGUGAGUGCAACCUGCUCCUCUUUGCGAACAGUCACACGAACGCGGUAGCCCUUGGCGAGUGCAUCAUGGAGCACCUCGGCGCCGAUAAAGCCCGUCGUGCCGGUAAUGAGGACGAAAGGAGUCGACAUGGUGGUAGGAUGUAG